AUGGCACAACACAACACCAAUUGCCACAGCAAUGGCAACGGCAACCCCAACAUUACCACCGACCUCACAAUCCCCGAACCCUCCCAAAACCCCACCUACCAACCCUCCACCAUCGGCGUCCACGGCGACGACCCAAUGAACAGCUACACCGACGUCGCCCCCGCCCUCCACGUCUCCACCACCUUCCGUUACUCCUCCGACCCUUCCCAACUAAACCCAGUCGACGACCUCGAUAUCCCCUCCCGAAUCCCCGGAACAGCAGUAGCAAGCGAUGCACACAUCUACUCCCGUCUCACGGCCCCCAACGCCUCACGCUUAGAGCUGAUCCUUACGAAUUUGAUCGGGGCGCCGUGUCUGACGUAUUCGUCCGGGUUAGCGGCUUUUCAUGCUUUACUCGUGUUCUUGCAUCCGAAGGUCGUGGCGAUCGGGGCGGGGUAUCAUGGUUGUCAUGGUGUACUCAAAAUCUAUCAGAAACUCACGAAUUGCAGGAUCGUGGAUCUGUUUGAUGAGGAGAGUUGGGAGAAUGAGGGUGAAGGGUGGAGGUUGGGUGAGGGCGAUGUAGUACAUAUCGAGACUCCAGUUAAUCCUACGGGACGAGCGUAUAAUAUUCAGUAUUAUGCUGAUCUGGCGCAUAAGCGUGGAGCGAGACUUACAGUGGACGCCACGUUCGCUCCGCUGCCGCUGCAGGAUCCGUUCGAGUGGGGUGCGGAUUUCGUGAUGCAUUCAGGGACGAAGUAUUUCGGGGGUCAUUCGGAUAUGCUCUGUGGUGUUGUUGCGAUCGGGAAGCAGAGGCAGGGGUGGGAAAAAGAUUAUUGGACCAUGUUUGGGGAGAGGUUGCAUUUGGGUUCUGUGAUGGGGAGUAUGGAGGGUUGGUUGGGGGUCAGGAGUUUGAGGACGUUGGAGCUGAGGGUCAUGCGGCAGAGUCAGAGUGCUGAUCGGCUUGUUGGGUUUAUUGAUGGGGCGUUGAAGGGUGAGGAUUCUUCGGGGGAUGCACGGGCGGUCAAGAGGGUUGUUGCGAAGAUCGAGCAUGCUUCUUUGCAAGAGGAGGAUAUGAGCUGGUUGAAGAAACAAAUGCCUGUGGGUUUUGGACCGGUGUUUAGUAUCAACUUCAAGACCGCCAAACAAGCUCGCCAUUUCCCGUCGAAGCUUCACCUCUUCCAUCAUGCGACUAGUUUGGGAGGGGUGGAGAGCCUGAUCGAAUGGCGGCGAAUGAGCGAUGAUACGGUCGAAGAUGAGCUGUGUCGAAUUAGUGUUGGGGUCGAGGCGUGGGAGGAUUUGAGGAAUGAUUUGGUCCAGGGGUGUAACGCGUUGGUGCAGGAGGGGAUAUAG